GUACCGCCCCACGGCAGAAGUAGUCCUCUCAUAGCGGUAUUCGUAGCCUUGUUUUCGCGAGGGACGGCCGACGAACACGUUGCGAUCUACGUGCACGUGUUGAAAUCACGUUGAAAUUAUAUCGUGCAUCGUGGUAUAAAACCAGCAUAAUAUUGUUUCCUGAACGAAGACUUCAUUUAAUCAAAGAACAUUGGUAGAGAGAUUUUUGUUUUAAACGUCAUAGAAAGAAGAGAGAAUAUUGGCUUGUCCUAUAUCUUUACUUUUGGCGGCAAUUUUGAACAUAGUUAAUUUUCUAGUGUUACAAAACUAAUGAUAAAGAAUAGAUUUAUGAUUGACUUAUAUUUCAUGUAAUCAUAUUUUUUAAGAAAGAAUACAAUAAUAAUAUACAAAGUGUAUCGACCAAAAAAGGAGAACAUAGAUCGUUGACUACGAUCACUGAGUAGUGCGCGCGCGCGCGCACAUAUCCCGUAACGCUUAGGUAUUUAUUGUUAUUCGCUACGUUCUAUAAUGGCCGUCUCAGAAACAUCUCUUGAGCCGAACAGAUGAAACAGAAAGCGUACAAGCAUAGAAGAGUUAUUAUUCUGGUUUUCGAAGAAAAAACAAGUGGCGGGAGAGAGUGCAGAGUGGACGUUUCUGUGGAGAAGCCACGUGCCAUUCGUGAGUUAGGUGGAGUCCCAUGUGCAAAGUGGGUGGAGGCUGCAUCGUGAGGCUGCCUUCCCCGUUAUCACAGGUACAUGAACGUGUUAGUGAGCGAACAGUCGACAAGCGACCGAGUGGGCGGGUGUGACGACAUACAGUGCAUUUCUGUGUGGUAGUAUACGCGUCCUUGCCAUAGUGUGCGAUAUUUCGAACGCAGCGGGUGGGGCGGCAGGAACAGGGGCGUAGAGAGGCGGUCCUCGAUUGGGUUCUCGAGGAAUACUCUCUGGCCUUCUUUGUCUUUAAAGAGUGUUGUCUUCGCACGUGUCAAUAUCGUUUAAAUUAUUAAUGUUUCUUAUUUAGAUGCUUCAGGACAGUUCAUAUGUAUUGUUUUCUGUCGAUUUUUCUUAAAUCGCAAAUGAAUUUUAAGUUGUGUAUAGUUUGAUAAAAAUAAAAAGAAAGAAGAAAGAAAGCCAAAUGCAGUGUUCGAGCAGGAUUAAACGCUCUUCAAGUGAGCGUUUCCAUAUACUGCAAAAUAAAUAGUCAACCUAGUUCAGUAUAGUAAAGAAUGGAUUCCUAGCAUAAGAAUAUUUAACAUAAAUCUAGCAUUAUUAGUAUUAAGAAUAGAUUACAAAUAUAUUCAUUAUGAAGCGAAGUUUGGAUGGACGAAAUAUCUCUCAGGAGGAGAUUGAUGAUCAUGAUCCUUUACAAACACAACAACAACAGCAACAACAGCAACAACAAGAUGAAACUGAACAGCAACAACAAUUAGAACAACAAACUGGACAACCUCAAAUUCGUUUUUUAAGUGCAAAUGUUUUGCAGCAUUUACAGCAACAGCAAGAUGUUCAGCAACAAACACAACAACAACAACAACCACAAGUUAUUACUUUGCAGCAAUUGCAAAAUUUUGUGCCUUUACAAACUCAGCAAUCACAGCAUGAUCAACAAAGGGCAACCAUUUCUGUGCAAUCUUUACCUCAACAAUUUUUACAGGGUGCUCAGUUGAUUAGUACUCAAACUCAAGCUGCGCUUCAGCAACAACAACAACAAACACAGCAACAGCAAACACAGCAGCAACCACAACAGCAGCAACCACAACAACAACUCAGUUAUAGUGUUAUACCACAGAUGCAAACUGUUAACAUUGAUGGUCAAGAGGCACUUUUCAUUCCAUCUUCUGCCAUGUCUGCUGCAGGAGGACAUCAUCAAAGUCAACCUACAAUGCAAUUUGCCACUGCUAAUGGACAACAAGUCCAACUUGCUAGCCAGCAAGUACAGUUGGCUAAUGGUCAAACUAUUAUUACACCACAACCAGUUAGUUUAAUAAGAGCACCAAAUGUCUUUCCCACUUCUAUUAUACAGAAUAUUACUGGACAGACUGUUCAAUUACCAACAGGACAAAGUGUACAAGUUAGACCACUUCAAUUUCCUAUGCAACAUGUUCAACAAACUGUACCUGUGCAAGUACCAGUUACAGCUAGUAAUGGACAAACAGUUUAUCAAACUGUACAUUUUCCUGUUCAAGCAUUGUCCAGUGUUUUCAAUGUACCUGCCACACAAAUGAUACCACAAAUCACACAACAAAUUCCACAAGUGGCUCAAAUAAUUACACCAAAUGGACAAAUUCAGCAAGUUCAAAUUGCUAAUUUACCACAACUUCAAAGUUUACAGAGUCAACAAGUAACGCAAGUAGCACAACAACAAGCACAACCACAAGUAGUGCAACAACAAACUCAACCACAAGUAGUACAGUCUGUACAGCAACAACAACAACAACAACAAGCAGCACAAGCUCAAGUACAACAACAACAGCAGCAGCAGGUACAACAAGUUGUACAACAAGUGAUACAACAACAGCAGCAACAACAAGUUCAACAAGCACAACAAUCAUCUGCCGCACCUUCAUCAACUGUAGCGACUUGGAGCACAACAGUAACAACUCCAAGUAAUGUCCAGGUACUUGGAAUCGGUGCACUUGGAAGACCAAUGCAAGGAAACAGUAAUGUAAUUACUACGAAAGAUGGACAGAAAAUUGAUGUGCAAACGUUAUCGGCUUUAACAAGACCACCGGAUUCAGUCGAAGGUGAUAUAAAAGUAACUAGUAUCGAUGCCAGACAAUUAGCUAGUGGUCAAGUUAUACAUAUUCCUGCUCAAUCAACACAGCCUGCUGUCCAGCCUAUAACAAUUGCAGGUACACAAGCGCAACAGCUAACUUUAAUUCCUGCAUCCGCGUUAGCAAAUUUAACUGCCCAGCAAGGUAACAUGAUAAGGGGCGUUGGUAGUGGAAGUAUAAUGCAACUUCAACCUGCCGGCGGAAUGAAUGCGACAAAUGGUUUUCUUCAGUCGAUACCUGUGCAAAAUAUUCCAGGUUUGGGUAAUGUACAAGUUAUACCUGCAAGUGCUCUUCAGCCUGCUACUGUGCAAACACUACCUGCAACAGCAGCUACACCUAUUGUCGCUGCUCCAACUGUGCAAUUAGAUUCAAAUGAUCCAACAAAAUGGCAAAUUUUGCAAACUCUUCAGUCGAACAAUACAUUGGCAACACCUACUCCUACAUCACAUCAACAUCAAGUAACAACUGCAACAUCUGCGAAUAUUGAAACGGAUUCUAAUAAGCAACAUCGUAGGAGAGUUGCUUGCACAUGUCCUAAUUGUGGUGAUGGUGAUAGGAAUAGAGAUAUGACUAGAAAAAGACAACAUGUUUGCCACAUAGCAGGCUGUAACAAAGUAUACGGAAAAACAAGUCAUCUUCGGGCUCAUUUAAGGUGGCAUACUGGAGAACGACCAUUUGUCUGUAGUUGGAUAUUUUGUGGUAAGAAAUUUACUAGAUCAGAUGAGCUUCAGAGGCAUCGUAGGACUCAUACUGGCGAAAAAAGAUUUCAAUGCCCAGAGUGUACUAAAAAGUUUAUGCGAUCAGAUCAUUUGACGAAACAUAUAAAAACACAUACGAAGAUUCGAAGUACGGAAGCCGCUACUUCGACGCAGGAAGGUUCUUCCGACAGUCAAUCUUCCACGGAAGAAAAAAUUAUUAUUGCUCUCAAAGAGACGGAACAAUCUGAUAUCGUUAUUUCCGAGCAAAUAGAUGAAAUAAAACCUCAACUGGCGAAUCAUGUAACAAAUGAUUAAAAAAAAAAAGAAUUAUGUUUUUCUCCGCCUUUAAAGGGUUUAGGAAUAAAAGAACUUGUUAAAACAUUGAUUGUUAUGUUAACAAUGUCGAAAAAAAAU